GAGACUGGAUAUAGCGGUCCCUCAUAUCGGGGCUCUCCAUUUACAUUAUUCAUACGGAGGAGGGUGUGACCUGUUGGCUGUUUUUUUCUGUCUGUAUAAAAACGAGAACUUCGCGUAAAAGAAAAUACAGAUGGAGAAGGCUAGCCGGCUCGCUGUGUCACAGAGAGUCCCCUUAAGCCUACGUGACAACUCACAUACUGUCCCUUUGUGACCAGCUUAAUCGGUAGAAUGCCCGAUGUCUGUGUGCUUUGUCUGGUUGCCGCGCUGGCUGCAUUCGCCCGGCUCGCCGGCACUGUGGGCCCCGUGGUUCGAUGUGAGCCUUGCGACGCCGGCGCGCUCCUGCAGUGCAAGCCGCUGCCGAAAGACUGUGUGGAGCGGGUGAAGGAGCCCGGCUGCGGCUGCUGCAUGACGUGCGCCCUCGGAGAGGGACAACCGUGUGGAGUGUACACGGCGCGCUGCGGCUCCGGCUUGACCUGUCGGCACCAGCCCGGGGAGAGCAGACCCCUGCAGGCUCUCCUGGAGGGACGGGGAGUGUGUUCGAGUCCCGCGUCCAAAAAACUGAACAGCGUUCUCAUGCCACCGCAAAAAGAAGAAAAUGCUGGAAAUCAGGUCGAAGACUCUGUCAAUGUCACCCAGACAAUUACAGUGCUGCCUGGUGUGGGAACUGUGAAGGAUGGACAUAGUCGGGGCUCGAUGGACACCAGGCCUCCUUUGCACAACAUAUUAAUUCAGAGGGGUGAGAACAGGAAGACCCAGAGCUACAAGGUGGAAUCAUUAUCAGGAGGAGCCAAUACGGAUGUGCACAACUUCUCUGUGGAGAACAAGAGGGAGAAUGAGUAUGGGCCAUGUCGGCGGGAGAUGGAGAGCAUCCUUAACAGCCUUAAAAUCAGCAACGUGCUUAACCCGAGAGGCUUCCGCAUACCCAACUGUGACAGAAAGGGUUUCUACAAGAAAAAGCAGUGCCGUCCGUCCAAAGGCAGGAGGCGGGGCUACUGCUGGUGCGUGGACAAAUAUGGGCAGCCUCUCCCCGGCUACGAUGGCAGGCAGUGGGGCGAGAAGCAGUGCUACAACCUGGAGAGCAAAUGAGAGGAUGGAGGAACGACAA